AUGAAGGUCCUCAUCCUUGCCUGCCUCGUGGCCUUUGCUCUUGCAAAGGAGACUGUAGAAAGCAGUUCUAGCAGUGAGGAGAUCAUUGCCCACAUCAACAAGCAGAAUGCUGAAAAGUUAGAAAAUUACAAACAGCAGCAAAAAGAGGAUGAACGCCAGAACAAAAUCCACGCUUUUGUCCAGCCACAGCCUCUUUUCUAUCCUAAUGCUGAGCCCAUCCCUUACACUGUCCUUCCACAAAACAUCCUGCCCCUUGCUCAGCCCGCUAUGAUGCUGCCUCUCCUUCAGCCUGAAGUGAUGGAAGUCCCCAAUACUGAGGAGACCAUCAUUCCUAAGCGCAAUGUGAUGCAGUUGCCUAAAUCUCCAGUAAUGCCAUUUCUUCAGCGCCAGAUCCCAAACCUCAAUGAUCUCAAAGCACAGCUCCCUCUGCCUCUGCUCCAGCCCUGGAUGCCCCAGAUCCCCCAGCUUGUUUUUCAGACUCCCAUGCUUCCCACUCAGCCCCUGGCCACCCUUCCUCAGACCAAAGUCCUGCCUCUUACCCAACAAGUGCUGGCCCACCCCCAGAAAGCUAUGCCUGCCCAAGCCCUUAUGCUGAACCAAGAGCUUCUGGUUGACCCUACCCAGGCAUUCUACCCUGUGGCUCAACCUAUUGUCCCAGCUUACAACUUCCAACAAGCUUAA